AAGAGACAAAAUACACUAAACCAAACGUCAAAAACAUUUCCAAGUGCUCCAUAACUUUUAAAUGGAUUGACCACCAAACAAACAGCCAUGUCGCAGACAUUGGUAGAUCCUCUCAAACCCUCGAGUUCUUGGGAUCCGUUGAAGAUCACGGGCUUGACCAAAGUGUCCUUAGGUCGUUGGAUAUUAUUUCUUAAGGAGGAACCGGACCUUCAAAUCAACGAUGAACCUCAUUUUGCUCUCGCCAUACUUUAUCAUUGCAAUACUCACCAGUACAUAAUCCGAGUAUUUGGGCGUACCUAUCAAACUGGUUCGGCCGCUAAUUAUCAAGAAAUGGCGUUUAAGGCCCAAACCUUCUUUGAGACCGUAGUUCCAUGUGUGGGGAUCCUUUUUGCCGAUGCCUUGUUCCCCUUAUCUUGCAAAUUCUCGGUGAGUUGUUCCGUUGUGAUUCCCAAGAAAAAGGCCUUGAACAUUUGUGAUGAUUGCAUGAGAGAUAUGAAGGCCAGGCGAAGGGCCAAUAUCUUCUCCCAAGGUCGAAUAAAUCAGGAUGACAGUUCUGGAGAUGAAUGGCUCAAGUCAGAUGAGGACCCAAGCGAUAACAAUGACCAUGAUGAAGGCCCUGAAGCCUUUGGAGUUGAAUUCAAUACCAAAGACCAUUCUUCGAAAUGGUCCGUGGGAAUUUUCGAAUGUGACAGCUGCGAUUUAACCUUUGACAAGGCCGAAUCAUUCAGUGACCAUUCCUGGUUGGUCCAUCAAGCGGCGGAUCACCUUCGUUGUCCCAAUUGUGAGAAGUUCAUUUCAAUGGGACACAACCACACAAAUUUUGUCAAUCAUUGGAAGUUCUGUAGCAAGUUCAAAAUCGUUCCCAUCAGAGGAUUUCCUGGGGUGAAAUUUAGUUAUGAGUGCAAAACUUGCGGAGAAGCCUUUAAGUACAAAUCCGAUGUCAGAGGACAUCGACGCAAAUGCUUGAAUGAUUGUGAUCUCUGUGAUUAUAAGCCUCAAAAUCAUAAUGACUGGAGAAUGCACAAGAAAGAAGUGCAUCAAUUGGACCCGAAUGAAAGAGUUCCCAAGGAGCCUUCAGUAUGUGCGGAAUGCGGCAAGACCUUCAAGACUAAAACCAAGUUGAAAUACCACCAUAACAAGUAUCACGCCGAAAUCGAUCAGUUUGCUUGUAAGAUAUGCACCUUGAGAUGUGGGGCCAAAUCCAUUCUACGUAAUCAUAUGGCUACCCAUGAUGAACCCAAAAUCUUGUGCCCAAUAUGUGGGAACAGAUUCAAAUCGAAGGCGAACUUGAAUGUUCACUUGUUGAUUCAUUCGGGGGAAAAACCUUUCAAAUGUGAUACGUGUGAUUACUGCACAUCAGCCAAGGCUAGUUUGGCCGUGCAUAAGAAAUAUGUCCAUGGAGGAGUCUCGAGGCCGCCGAAAAAGAAGAAGAAAACCUCCAUGAAGGCUGAAACAAAGUCUAAAUCUUAGAUAAUGCCAAAAUCUGUCAGACGGUCCGGGCAGUUGUUUUUGGCAGCGCUGAUUGUUGGUGGAUCUUCAAUCAGGGUGACCAAUAGCCUUGGAAGAGUACAUGUUUUGCUUUGUUUUAUCUGAAUGUUCUUAUGAAUGGAAUUUUAAAGAUUGUUUUA